AUGACUUUUGAUCAUUUUUUACUGCCUCCGGAAAAUAUUCGUUGGUUUUUUCGACCCAUUGGAGUAGAUACAAUGAAGUACGAACCUUUCAGGGGAUAUGAUUCCAUCCGAUUGGAAACGAAAUUUCGUGAAUCCGUGACCCAGCCAUUUUCUAGUGAAAGCUUGGCCGAAUCAGUUGUAGUUCGGGACGGGUUAUUUGAAGCAAACAUCAAGGAAGGAAACUGCCUGCCUAUUUACUGGGACAGUGAACGCAUGACAGUUACUUCUGACAGCAGCAAAAUUGAUGCUAUUUACCGAAAUUUCGGUGCAAUUGAAAAGGUCAACCAAGUUAGUUCCGCAAAUAAAAAAGUUGCAAGUAAAAUAUUUUUCGUUGAUAACGGUAUAGUUAUGCAUUCUCUUCAGGCGGAUAAGGUUUUUGUUCGUUUCAUGGACGACGGGAAGGUUUAUCUGGAUGAAAGUGCAACUCUACACUAUUUCCGCUCGAAAUUCACCAUGGAAAAAGGAAUACAACUUUCCCGAGGUUACAAAGAAAUUGCUAAUAUUGAAGACCGGGCACUUGAUAUUUCACAUCUGGUAUUCGUUGUACACGGCAUUGGACAGACCUUUGGAAGUAUAAAGAACGACAACUGGAACAUUGCCCUAGAUAUUCUUUACUACACCAGCCCAAUGCACAGAAUGGAAAUAAUGAGGGCAUUUUAUCACGAAGUUAUCCGUCUCUACAGCAUGUUCUGCUCCCGCAAUCCCUAUUUUGAAGAAAGUGGAGGGAAGGUUUCGAUUUUGGCACACUCACUUGGGGCAGUUGUUGCAUUUGAUGUCCUUACUGGUUCGACACCAUCAUCCUCAACAACAACGUAUUUUCAAUCAAUUACUGUACGUUUCAUGAGACCCCGCAUCUUCUACUAG